UAACUAGCACGGUGUUGCAUCGUGAAUCAUCAUAGCCGGAGGACGAUCCCCACCACCCCGGUCGUCGAGCGUGGCGGCAUCGAGCCGACGGAGGACUCUUAAGAGGACCGUCGACGCAGCGCUACGCCAGUUCGACGACGCGACCCUAACAACAACCGUCCCAUCCUAAGUUUUGCGUGGGAAAAUUUCAAUACCGGAAAUCUAUUUGGAGAAAAAAAAAACAAUUCACGAGAUGAAGAUCGCCCUACUGCUCGUAGCCGCUGCUGCCGCUGCUCUCUGUACAACAGCGCAAAGAAUCACGACGAUUCAACUCGACGGCGUGCAGUAUUACGUGUCCAGGAUGAACCCGUACAGUCUCGAAUUGAACUAUUUUCUGGCCUAUCAGUACUGCCGAUCUUUGGGUCUCCAAUUGAUAUCGUUUGAGACCAAAGAGAAGGCCGACACGAUGACGCAAUAUCUGCAGAAUGCCGGAUACACGAAAUUCGACUUCUGGACGUCUGGGAAUAAACUCGGCACCGAUAUGUUCCUGUGGAUGAGCACCGGGUUGCCCUUCAACGCGACCUUCGACUACAUGAAAAAACUCCCCGGACGCAGCGAGACCGACGUACCCCGAGGAACCGAACCCCAGAGAAUAGCGAGAGAGAGCGGCGAGAGCGGGAGCGUCGAUGGAUGCGUAUCCAUGAAAGCACCGACUUUGGAAUGGGUAGCCGAGGACUGUACCGUAUUCAAAGAUUUCAUCUGCGAACAAACGAGAUGCUAUUACUACAACUACGGCAGCAUUCCAGUCUCGGCGACACAGGGCAAUCGUCGGCCAUAUCUCACGACCACCACUGACGCUAGUUCGGUCGUGGAAGAAGAAAACGAAGACAAAGCAUCCACGGACGACAACGCUUCAACAUCGGACGACAAAUAUCAAGAAAAAGUGUCCGAAGAUCCUAUCGUAAACAGACUGGUAACCGCUGUUCCCGCUUCCGCGUCAGCCUCCGUUACCGCGAGCGCAACGGAAGCCGAAUCCCCGAUAACCAUCGAACGUAAUGAAAAUUUGGAAACAUCAGGCGAGGGUGAACAGGGCGAAGGGGACGACGUGAUUGCAUUGGCCGAGAAACACGCGGCGCCCGAAAAUAUCCCCGACAUCACCAGCUUGUUCGCAACUAGGAAAGAUUCCGUAUUCGACGGACUCGAAACGCGCGAGGUUCGCCCGAUCCUAGCAAAUUCCGCGGUUCAAACGGUACGGGAAAAUUACAACGAUUACGAGACGGCGGAAACCGGAUUGCCGGAUAACGCUUUGGAAGACGCCCACACCGUCGGACCGUACGACGACACGCGGCACGAUUACGUCAACGAUCAACCUGCCCAGGAGGAACCCGAAGCACCGCUGCAGCGGGACGACGAUACCAGCACCAUUCUACCGGAAGCGGAACCAGCGUACAGGUACAAUAUCAAAGUCCGCUCAAAUGGAAAAGUAUUAGAUCCUCCGUCCAACUAGCAAAAGUUGUAGUUUUAGGGAUUUCAAUGAUUCUUUGUCGAUUAAAAAGAAAUAGAAAAAAAGCCCUCGACAAAGAAAGGGAAGUGAAAAUUAAUGGAAACUGUAUAUGUUUAAGUACGUGAAAAAGACGAAACGAUUUUAGCUAUUAGGGUUGUUUAAGCGUGUAUAAUCCGUUAAUCAUUUGUCUUUGAUUUUCAAUAAUAGUAACGUUGGAUUAAAUUGAAGACGGCGAUACGCGUCGAUGUCGCGGUUGUCAGACGCGAAUAUGACAGAGUUAUCAUUUUCCGUCCAGAAGACGGGGAAUGUGAAACAGCCGCGUUUCACCGUGUCGGUUCGCCGGUCUUCUAUUAACUUUUUUGCAAUUUCAAUGUCGACUGUAAAUGUUUCGAUCGGUUGCUCGAGGAUUUUUCAUCAGCCUCCGAAAGAAAAACUCCCCGACACACGAUGGGGGUAAUUAUUACACAUAGAAUAAGUGGUACGAUAGAUCCGGUAAUGGUCUAAAAAUCUCCGACGACCGAUGGCAAUUGCAGUCUGAAGAAUGUGACGGUCCAUCGUACGUGUUUAUCGUCGAAUCAUACGUUUGCAAGACAGACGUUAUUGUCUGCAACGAGAAGAGAUUUGAUCCGAUCGUAAAUUGCGGCGAGACGUCUCCGUCAUCCGAACGUAUCGUUCGAUCAAUCGUAAGGUUAUAGAUUAAAUUAAGUUCGCCCCGAUAAAUUUUCUGGACUCUGUCGAGACAACCUCAUUACGCACAACGCAAUCGAUUUGCGUACCUACAUUAUUGUAAUAUUGUACGUACCUAUCACCGAUGCGAGUGAGAAAUUUGUAUGACUGAAAAUCAAUAAAGGUAUUACUACAUUUUCUACGCG